AUGCUGCAAGUAACUUCAGAUGUGGAAAAAAAUACAUAUGAGCAUUUGAUAAACCUUAAAAAAUCCUUGAAAGGGUAUUUUUUGGAGAAAUUACAGGACAUGAACUGGUUGCAGAAUCCAUUCGCAAAUUAUACCAAACCAUCAAUGCUAACUGUGUCAGAGUAUGAGAAUUUGAUUGAUAUUAAAUGUUCAUCUUCUCUUAAACAAAAAUUCGAAGCAGAAGAUUUCGGUCGAAAUGAUUUUUGGAUUGAAUUUAUCGAUGAAUACCCUUCAAUUGUUGAGAAGACUAUUACAAUUCUGCUUCCGUUUGUGACGACUUACCGAUGUGAGACUGGUUUUUCAAUUUACGCUUACACCAAAAGCAAGUAUAGAAAUAGACUGGAUACAACUCCAAAUCUUCGCAUUCAAUUGUCAGAUAUUAUACCUAAUUUUAGUGAUAUUUUAAGAAAAUAUGUGAACAAAUUUCAUUCUUCUCAUUGCAUUGAUAAAACAGGUACUAAUUAUAUUGUAUUUCUUUUUAUAGUAAAUGUUUUUUAAUACAUAAAAUAAGUGGUUUUUCAUUUAUAUUUAUUCUUUCUUUUCAAAUCAGACAUAAAAAUAUAAACACUACAAGGUAAUAAUUUUAUGUUAUCAAACUAGGGUUCCAUGUCAAAAAAAAAAUUGGUUAUCGCUAGUCUAGUGUACAUUGCACAUUCGCUACUUGUGGCACUGAUUAGUACUUGAUAGUAAUUAACACAUUUGCAACAUAGUUCAGAUAAUUGGGAUUUAAAUUUUUCUUAAUGCUUAUUUUACUUCUAUUUUUUUAUUUGAUUAUAGCUACAUAUCUUUGUCAAAUGGUUAUGUGUUGGCUCAUAUCAUUUGACCCCAGAUAA